GAAAUGGAAACCCCUCUACCCGCGGCGAGUGGUGUCGUCUUGCGUCUCCCCGUUGGGAGGAUUUGCUUCGACUCCACCUUCUCCCCUCCGUCGUCGUCGUCUACUCGACACCUCCAAUGCUGAGGCUCUGCCGCGUUGCGCUGGGGGAUUGACUUGGCUGCAUCACAAUCCAAUCGACACCAGCUUCCUCCCGCCGCCUCAUGCCUCAGCGCGGCCGGCGGCGAUGGGCGACGUCCCCGUCCCAGCUCCCUCCCUCCCCGACAGCGACAUGACCUCGCGCCGCCGCCGCGAGCCCUCCGAGCCCCGCAGCGACAGCGACUGGGACGCUGGAUCCAGCCGCGAGGGCUCCCCGGACCUCCUCCGCCGCGCGCCUGCCGCGCAGAUCUCGCGCGCCGCCGCCUCCUCGUCGUCCUCGUCCUCCUGGCUCCGCGAGAUCGAGCGCGACCGGGUGCGCCUCGUCAGGGAGUGGGUACACAUGGCCGCUCGCGACCGCGACGACGACACCGGGCCCCCGCCGUCCCCCGUCCCUGACCACGCGCGCAGGGACGCCCCCCGGAUCCGCGGCCGCCAGGCGCGCCUCGAGCUCGUCAUGCGCAUGGCCGCCGACCGGCAGGCCGAGCUCCACCGCCUCUCCGAGCACCGCGCCGUCUCCGACUUCCCGCACCGCAAUCGAAUCCACGCGCUGCUCCGGGGCCGGUUUCUGCGUAACGGAGGUCUGCCAGAGGACAGGAGGCCCCCAUCCGUGGCCGCAAGGGAGCUUGGCCAGCUGCGGCAACGACAUCCUGUCUCCGGUUUGAGAGAAGAGUUCCGCUUCAGAUUGGAGAAUCUUGUCCGUGGUCAAGCAGUUAGCCAAGCAGAUGAUUCUUCAACUCAUGAUGUUGAACUAUCUACAAAUGAUCGUUCUGAAUCAAGACCUACUACUUCUGAAACUACUCAGGAGAGACCUGAACGAACAAGUGAGAAUAUCAGUCUUCAGCAAAUUGAAGGUACAGCAACAACAUCAGGAUUUGAAAGUGGCACCCCAAGUGUUGCUGAAGUCUUCUGUGAAUCUCAUAGUCAAGCAGAAAGUCAGGAAGAUUUGGAACAGGAGAGAAGCGAUUGGCAACAGUUUUCCUGUGCUGUGAUUGGAGAGGGGUCUGAAAGAAGUUGGCUUGAAAAUGCAGACAUCUCUUCCCGUGAGGGGACAGCAGUUGAGGAUGAUCAUGAAGAUCGUCUUCCAGAAGCAAAUGAAGAAUCAACCAGUGUUGAUCAUCUUCCUGAAGGACACGAGUCAAUCAGUGAUGAUAGUCUUCCUGAAGCUCAUGAAGAGCAGCAUGACAGCGAUCAUCUUCCUGCAGUGCUUGAACAGUUGCACGGCAAUAUUAACCUUCAGGAAUCACAUGGGGAGUGGAGCAGAGAUGAUCGUCCUAUAGAAGUCUAUGAUGAGUGGCAGAGUGAUGAUCAUGUCCCUGAAGUAAAUGAAGAGUGGCAAGAUGAUGUCGAGACUAACAGUACUGCAGACAAUUGGCAUGAUAAUACUUCUGACCAACCAAUUGACCAUGAUGCUGCUCUUAUUAGAAGAGCUAAUACAUUCAUCCCUGGGGAUGAUGAUAAUGUGUACAGCACAGAAUUGAGGGAACUUCUAAGCAGAAGGAGUGUUUCUAAUCUUCUUCAUAGCGCUUUUCGUGAAAACUUAGACCGUCUCAUCCGGUCAUAUGUUGAGCGGCAAGGUCGUGGUCCUCUCCCUUGGGAUCUGGAAGGAACGACUCCUGCCCCUAACUCACCAGAUCAAAAUCAGGAGCAGCAAAGAGAUGAUGAUGACCAGGAACUGCAGCACACUGUUGACAGGCCUCCUUUAGUGAUACCACCUCCACCUAUCCCUCCUCGUCAGCCACUUUGGCAUUCAGAGUUGCAUCGUAAUAAUUGGAUCAGGCAAAACAUUCAUCGUUCUUCUUCUGACAUUGAAUGGGAGGCCAUCAAUGAUUUAAGGGCUGAUAUGGCUAGACUUCAGCAAGGCAUGAGCCAUAUGCAAAGGAUGUUGGAAGCUUGCAUGGAUAUGCAGUUAGAGCUACAGCGUUCUGUAAGGCAAGAAGUUUCAGCGGCCUUGAAUCGUUUCAUUGGGGAGCAAGGGGAGAGUAAAGAAAUAAUUGACGAUGGUUCGAAAUGGAUAAAUGUGAGAAAAGGGACCUGCUGUAUAUGCUGUGAGACUCCAAUUGACUCCCUUCUGUACAGAUGCGGGCACAUGUGCACGUGCUCAAAAUGUGCGAAUGAAUUGGUACGGGGCGGAGGGAAAUGCCCGCUGUGCCGUGCGCCCAUAAUCGAGGUGAUCCGAGCAUACUUUAUCAUGGAAGGAGACAAGUGCAGCGAGGCAAGCAUAUGGGAUUCUCAAGAGUUACACAGGCAAGCUGAAUGUCUGGAGCUGGAGGAGUUGGCAGCAAUCUCAGUCAAUCCUACUCUGCUUCCAAUUCUCAAUCAUUUGCUUCUCGAGGUGUAUGCCGUUCUGCGUCCAAAGCCACUUGACUACGACCAGCGCAACACCUUGGUUGAUGUCAUCAGGAAGAUUACUAAACAAAUAUUUGGUAGCAACGAUGGGUUUCCAGUUGUGGAACCAUUUGGAUCAUUCACAAUGGAUUUAUUUACUCCUCGUAGUGACCUGGACCUCUCUGUCAAUUUCAGUGCUAAUACUGAUGAUCGAUACACUCGCAAGGAAAAGAUCUCAGUGAUCAGGAAAUUUUCCAAAGUUCUAUAUUCUCAUCAGAGGAAUGGAAUUUGCUGUGGGGUUUUACCUAUUGUAAGUGCUAGGGUGCCUAUUCUGAAGGUUAUUGAUUGUGGCACAGGGGUUGAAUGUGAUAUUUCAGUUGAAAAUAAAGAUGGCAUGACAAGGUCAAUGAUCUUCAAAUAUGUUUCCUUGCUUGAUGAAAGGUUUCAGAUACUAAGUUACUUGGUUAAGUUCUGGGCUAAGAUACAUGAUUUGAAUAGCCCAAGACAACUAACAAUGAGCUCCAUGUCAAUCAUUUCAUUAGUUGCUUUCCAUUUGCAGACCCGGCAUCCUCCAAUAUUGCCUGCAUUCUCUGCCUUGUUAAAAGAUGGUUUAGAUUGUGCAAGCGUUGAGAGGAAUAUUUUACCGUUCAAGGGGUUUGGGAGCAGAAAUACAGAAUCUGUGGCUGAACUGUUUGUAUCAUUGAUAAGUAAACUGUUAUCAGCAGAGAGUUUAUGGGAGCAUGGGCUGUGUGCUAGCAAUUUUGAAGCGUCAUGGAUCUCCAAGACCUGGAAGAAAGGAGUCGGCAAUUUAAGUGUUGAAGAUUUCUUGGACAGGUCGCAAAAUUUCGCAAGGUCGGUGGGGAAGGUGCAGAUGCAGAAGAUCUGCAAAUACCUUAGACAAUGUGCUUUGAAUUUGUUGGAUUUCAUGAGGGGGAAACUGGACACACCAAAGCUGAAGACCCUUCUGUUUGGACAGCUUAGUCCAGAUGACUUAGUCAGCAAACCUCGUUUGAAGCAUGGCAAGAGAAAGAGGAAGUGGGAACUGUGCCCGCAGGGAAGAUAUGCAUUCCAAAAGAGAGCAAAGCAUGGUGGUAAUGCUACAACUAGUAGUGGCUCGUUACCCGCUCCUGCUUCUAACAAAGUCUUUCCUGCUGCCCUACAUGAUCGAGGCACCAUCCAGCGGUCCAGUAUUCAUCGGUUUGUGCCCGUUAUUCCGUGGCCUCGUAUCAUCCCUUCUGGUUUUGGCUAUGGGUUAUCGCUUGAGUUUCCAUCCGUAGCUCGUCCUCACCCUGGCAAGGGAAUACUGGGCAGACGGCCAAGUAAUGCAGUUCCCUUAAACCAAUGGAACUCAACUAGUGCAGCGGCGGCAAGGUCCACAUGAUCCAACACCAUACCAGCAUACAUUUCGGCAGUCAUGUAGCAGAUCUUAUGACGGAGCCCGGUCCAAUGGGAAUUUGAGGUGGUGACAACUGCUACCGGGCUGCAAGUAGAGCUCGGUUUGUGCUGUCGCUGUACGUUGGAUUCGUGUGCUAAUUAAAGGUCAGAUGCAGAAGCUCA